AUGACAAAAUCCAGUAAAGGAAACCUUCAUGUGGUAGAAGAACUGUACAACCAAAUACCAGAAUUUACAGACGUAUUCUCAGAAGAUACAUUCUAUAUUUUUGUGAUAUGUUUUGUUCUGUCUACUAUACUAGUUGCUUUCAUUCUAUCUAGAUUUAUUACUAUUAAACCUGUAGAAUAGUUUACUAUUCAAUGUAAUAGUUAUAAUAAAGAUAUAUAAUAACAUAA